AUGUCCGACAUGUUCUCUUCGGGAGAAGCCUCCGUUGUCAUCACCGGCGCCAUACCAUUCUACUUUACCAAGGUCUUCUCCCCGGGAGCGUUUGCGGCUUGCCCUGCGCGACUCCGUUCUCGCAGCAUUGCCCUGGAAUACGCAUUGUCUGCGCUAAUCAGUGGUCUUCCUAAGGAAAUCGCUAUCGGCAAAAAGAGGAACCCCCCGUGUAGGCGCACAACGACUGCCGCCGAUGGACAUGUCGCAUCAUCUUGGCUCAAGAGUGUGGGCAAUGCGUUUGUUGUCCAGGUUGGCCUCCUCGCUCACGACGUCGAGUGUUGA